GUUGUUGCACCCCUACAUUCACAAAUGACCGAUCAGCCAAGCUCCAUCAAACAAGCGACCUCUGCACAGCGUGGAAACAAUGUCACCAAGUCACCAUAUGACGAUCGAAACUACAAAUACACAAGCUUAAAAAAUGGUCUUCGUGUGCUUCUUAUCAACGAUCCCGAAACAGAGAAAGCGGCAGCUUGUCUAUCUUUGAAUGUAGGCUCACUUUGCGACCCGCCACAGUUGCCAGGACUUGCUCAUUUUUGUGAGCAUAUGAUAUUUUUGGGAUCAGAGAAGUAUCCACAAGAACACACGUACACAAAGUAUGUUUCCGAACACGGAGGACAAUGCAGUGCCUGCACCAAAUCUGACGAAACUUCCUUUUCCUUCGAAAUAAAGGAAAAUCACCUUACCAAAGCACUAGAUAUGUUCGCUAAUUUUUUCAUCAGACCACUGUUUACGGAAUCGGCAACAGAACGUGAGAUCAACGCCAUUCAGGUGGAACAUGAAAAGAACUCUUGCAACGACACACGCCGGUUGUAUCAGCUAGAACGCUAUUUGUCACUACCAGGACAUGACUAUUCCCGCUUCAUGUCAGGCAACCGGUUUUCUCUUUUUCAAUCCGCAUGUGCUCGUGGGAUGAACCUACAGGAGCAGUUGCUAAAGUUUUAUAGGAAAUGGUAUUCGGCCAAUUUGAUGGCUCUGGUCGUUCUUGGAUCGGAACCUGUUGAGAAACUAGAAGCCAUGGUUCGCGACACAUUCUCGCUAAUCCCGAACUUCGAUGUCGAUGUCCCUGAGUGGGAGGACUCCCCAUGGGUUGAAGUUGUUUUGAAAAAAAAAAUUUACAUGACUCCACUCACGGAGCUGAAUCAACUCCACCUUAUGUGGCCUAUCGAGGAUUACACAGAUAUGUAUGCAUCUCGGCCAACUGCGUACGUCACUCACUUGCUUGGUCAUGAAGGUCAUGGAAGCCUUUUGAGUAUGCUGAAAAAGUUAGGCUGGGUAAACCGAUUAUCCUGCGGCGUAAGUCGCCCUGGAAAAGGAUUUGCUUCGAUCAUCCUUAGCAUGGAUCUUACUGAGAAUGGCUUGGGUCAUGCUGAUGACAUUGUCACAAAAGUGUAUCAGUAUCUAAAAAUGCUCCGCAGUCAGGAACCUCAAGAGUGGAUUUUCCUCGAAAACCAAGCCUUAAACAACCUGCAUUUCCGGUUCAAGGACAAAGAACCCCCGUACGAAUACGUCGUUCAACUGGCUACAAAUCUUCAUCGAUUUGCUCCCCAAGAUGUCCUCCGCGGGCCAUACCUGCUGAGGACUUUCGAACCUCAACUGAUAAAGGACGUCCUUGGUUGCUUGCAUGCUAGCAAUUCUCGACUGUUCCUGGUCAGCCGAUCGUAUCAGGCCCACUGCAAUGACAUAGAACGGUGGUACAACACUCACUAUCUACGCGUGGACAUACCAGAAAAGACAAUACAGGCCUGGCAAAAUGUGGAGUGUGACUUCGACAUGACGUUACCGUCCGCAAAUAAGUAUAUAGCAACUGACUUCACCAUUUACCCGAGACCUAAAGAUUUCUCAACUGUGGCCCCGGAAUUGCUCAUGAAUACAGAUCUCUCUCGUUUAUGGUAUUAUCCGGACAGUUCAUUUGGACUUCCAAAGGCAUUUGUUACCUUUCACAUUAUCAGUCCAUUGGCUUUUUUCAACCCACUGAAAACACUUCUCACCGCGUUGUAUGUUGAACUUUUCGAAGAUCACAUUGGGGAGGAGGCGUACAACUGCCUGUUGGCUGGAAUGGUUGUUGAAAUACGACGCACCACUCAGGGAAUCAAGCUCUCAUUCACUGGCUACUCGCAUAAGCUUGGUUUGCUUAUUCGAAAUGUGAUCGACACGCUUAUCCACUUCUUCACGCCUUCGGUAGACCGGUAUCGUUGUAUGCGUGAAGAAAUUUGGCACGAAAUAGCCAAUUUUGGAAUGAAAGCCUCCUAUCAACAAGCGGGAAUAUAUCUUACCAACGUUAUAACUGAUCGGUCGUGGAUCAACGAUGAGCUAGCCGCUAGUUUUCCAGAAAUUACUUUUGAUUUGCUGACGGGAUUCAUUCAAGAGUUCUACUCCCAGCUCUUCAUUGAAAUUCUAGCAUAUGGAAACAUUACUCUGGAGGAUGCAUUGAGUCAUCGUGAUCUGAUUGAAGGCGCCUUCCAAAUGCAGUUCGGUACGAAACCACUGGGCCCUACACAAAUCACGAUGGCCCGAGAAACCAUUUUACCUGGACAGACAAAGGCAGUUUUCCAGCGAUUGACACAGCAUCAGCCUAAUUCAGCCAUCUGUUACUACUUGCAAGGCCCACGACAAAGCACGCGUAAGGAUGCUGUGCUGAAUUUAUUCUGUGAAAUUAUCAAUGAACAUGCACAGAGCGUCCUGAAAACGGAAGAGCAACUCGGUCACAUUGUCUAUACAGGCGCUCGUAGGUCAAAUACAUUGCAAGGAUUUCGUUGCAUUAUUCAAUCAAAUAUGAGGCCAGAUGAAUUGGAAAGAUCUAUUGACAACUUCCUGUACUCAUUCAGGGACACGAUCAUUUUCAUGUCAGCCGAAGAGUUUCAAAUCCACGUGGACUCGCUCACAUCGCGUCUGUUGGAGAAGCCAAAGAACAUGACGGAGAAAAAUGCCCGUUUCUGGUCAGAAAUCGCUUGUCAUCACUACAACUUUAAACGACAGCUACUUGAGGCCGAAAUUCUGAAAGAAAUUACUCUGACCGAGAUGCUGGAGUUCUUCGACCAUUACAUCUCCCCAUCAUCCAAUACACGGAAGAAGCUCUCAGUUCAUGUGGUUUCUGUUGAACGUCAUGGAUGUAAUCUGAAAUCUACUUUCCCCGCAGUCAGGGGCGAUCUGAUAAGGGACCACAACAAGUUCAAGGAUGGAUGCAAGUUGAGCGACCUAGCACAACCCUUCGUUCCUUUGAAACCGCUCUACACAGACACCGACAAUCCUCUUCAUGCAACGAAAAAAGAUUAAUUUGUGACCGUAUGAAGACUUGUGCAGACAACUCUCGAAUCCAACGACCAAUUGAGAUCUGUGGAUGUGAACAGUUGCAGAAACUUUUCUGGGUUUUUUUAUGAAUUUUAUUUUGAAUUCGC